AACUGUCAAAUUAAGUAAAAACCAUUCCAAGAUUUUCUUAGCACUUUUGAAAGCUUAGAAUUUCUAUCAAUUCAAGAGUACAAAAAGGUGAACCGUUCCUAUAAACAUAUAACAAGAAGUCCUGUUUGAUUAAGAGAAUAUUGCAUAUUGAAUUUUGUGUUGAAAAUGAAUAAUAGUAGUAUGAUAAUAAGAAAUUGUUUGGACAAGAACUUAACUCCCAUAAAAAUAGAAUAUAUUAAUCCGUCUGAUGGUAGAGUUGUUUCUCAAUCUUACCGAUCUCAUUCAGGACAGCCCCCAUCUAAAAUAAGUUGUAAUAUAGUCACCAGUUUCCCGAAAAUUGAAAUAAAAGGAGAAGAAAGUAUCAAAAGUGAUGUAAAGGAAGAGGUUUAUCUAGUAAAUGGCUAUUGGGAUACAACUAGUAAAGUACCUAAUAUUAUAGCUGACAUGCAUGUAAAUACCAAAGAUAACGGUUUGAGCUGUGUUACCUUGAAAAGCGGAGAUUUUGAUUCACCACGUGACGUUACCAGUCCUAGUUCUCGUGGUUCCGAUAGCGGUAUAGAAUCAGAUUGCACAGAAGGAAAUCUUUCUUGGUUGUUGAAUUAUAAAAUUCAGGAAUUACCUCCUGUUCCAGAUGCAUCCGGGGCUGAAAGUAUUAAUCGGAACGUACAGAUAGUACAGGAAAGCUCGUCUGUAAUACCACAAUUAGUACAGGUGCCAACUGUAAUAAAAGCUGGUGAUGGUAAAAGUCAAGGACACUACUAUAGAUAUUCUGGUCUUAAAAAACCGCCUUUCACGUACACCGAACUGAUAGAAUAUGCUCUUAGCGAAAAAGGAGAAUUGACUGUAUCUGGAAUUUAUCAGUGGAUUUCGGAUCACUUUCCAUUUUACAAACAAAAUGACGACCGAUGGAAGAAUUCCGUUAGGCAUAAUUUAUCUAUAAACCCACAUUUUAGAAAGGGAGGAAAAGCAGUUCAAGGUGCUGGACAUCUUUGGACUAUAGCCCAAAGGGAUCCUAAGAAAUGUUCUCAAAUCAAACAAAGGAUAAGUCAGUUCUUCCAAAAUGUGUACACAGAAUCAAGUUGCACGCAACAGGAUAUUGCUGAAAGUGAACUACAAGCAGCCACAGAAAGUAUCUUGGGAGAUAUGAAUAACACUUACACUGUUGACACAAGAAGUGACAAUAUAGAAGUAGAAUAUAUACAUAUUGGUGAUACAACUACUGGGUUAGAAGAUUUUCUUGCACCUCCAGUUUCCAAACAAGACAUUGUCAACGAAUGCGGUCUAGGAAACGAUAUUUUCAUAACAGAUAUAAAUCCAAACGUAUUGGGAUUGAAUAUAGCUGAAGUAGAAGGCAUGACUGAUAACUAUGAAGACGUUUUCGAAUAUUAUACAACGAAAUAAUAAAUGAAGAUUACAGUGAGAAGAAUAAAA